UGAACAAAAUAAAACAAAAGUUUAAAAUUCAAACAAUUCCUUGCAGAUAUUCUGAUUGACCGAUAACUAUCGCAUUCGCCAAACUAUCGAUAGACGCCAUCUGACCACUUGGCACCACCAACAAGAACAACAAAAACAGCAAUAAAUUAGAUAAUUAAACGAGGAACAACCGACCGGUGUGAAAAUGAACCGAAUUUGCCAGACUUUGUUGCGUCAAAGCUAUGUGCGCUCCUCUGCCGUAGUGGCCCAGUCCCAGUUGUCCGGAGGAGUGCGUGCUACCGCUGCCGCCAUGCCUGCUGCUUCCUUCAACGCCACACCGCUCAUCAUCAGCCGCUUCUAUGCCGCGGAUGCGACAACUGACGCCGCCGUUGUGGACAAGGCAACGCUGGACAAGCUGGUGCGCACCAACAAGGUGGUCAUCUUCAUGAAGGGCAAUCCUUCGGCGCCGCGUUGCGGCUUCAGCAAUGCCGUUGUGCAAAUCCUGCGAAUGCAUGGCGUUCAGUACGAUGCCCACGAUGUACUCCAGAACGAGGCACUGCGACAGGGCGUGAAGGACUACACCGACUGGCCCACCAUUCCACAGAUCUUCAUUGACGGCGAGUUUGUCGGUGGCUGUGAUAUCCUGCUGCAAAUGCACCAGAGCGGCGACCUUAUCGAGGAACUCAAGAAGGUGGGCAUCAUCUCCGAGCUGCUGAAGGCGGAAGAGGCCAAGCCGAAGCAGGAGGACUCCAAGUAGGCUCCCAAAGAUUAAGAAAACCCUAAUUGUUAGCCACGCAACGUGUUUAUUAUUAAAAUGUUUUAACUCAUAAA